AUGAAGGACAAGAGGUUAGAAAGGAUUAUCAAGGAGAGUGGCAGCCCAGGCUCUGCAGGAACAGGAUCAGCAGCUUUAGCAGGUGUAGAAGAAGAUUUGCAGGAUGAUGAUUUGGUGUUUCCAGGGUUUCGAUUUCAUCCGACGGAUCAAGAGCUGGUGCGUUUCUAUCUGACGAGGAAGGUGGAGAAGAAGCCUUUCAGUAUCGACAUCAUCAAGGAGCUCGAUAUCUACAAGCAUGACCCUUGGGAUCUUCCAAAGGCGAGCCAUGGCGUGGUGCUGCAGGGAUCGUCGUCGACGACGGAGAAGGAGUGCCGCUACUUCUUCUGCCUGCGAGGGAGGAAGUACAGGAACAGCAUCCGCCCCAACCGCGUCACCGGCUCCGGCUUCUGGAAGGCCACCGGCAUCGACAAGCCCAUCUUCUCGCUCACCGGCGCCGGCGGCGACUGCAUUGGUCUCAAGAAGUCGCUCGUCUACUACCGCGGCAGCGCCGGCAGGGGCACCAAGACCGACUGGAUGAUGCACGAGUUCCGCCUCCCCUCCUCCUCGCCGGCGCCCGAUCACCCCGCCGCCGCUAAUGCCAACCUCCAAGACGCAGAGAUAUGGACGAUCUGCCGGAUCUUCAAGAGGAGCACGUCGUACACCAAGGGCAGGGCGGCCGCCGCCUCCAUGAACAAGCGAAGCCACCAUCACCAGCUUCAGCAUAUGCAGCACAUUCAGCAGCAGCAGCACUACUACCACCAUGACCACUACCGUCGCCACUACGCCUCCAUGGCGGCGGCCACCAACAGCGUCGCCGUCGAGUCGUCGGACGCCGAGACGACGAGGUCUCAGCUGCCUCAGCCUUACUGUCAUGUCGACCUUGCUGAUAUUCGUCAUCACCGGCAGUCGGCGCCGUUCAUGCUCGACUUCCAUGCUGGGGCGUCGUCGUCGUCGUCGGUUGGGUUCACGGAUCAGUCGACGGUGACGGCGGCGGCGCAGCCGGCGCUGUCGUCGACGGGGUGGAGCGAGCUGGUGAGCCUCAGGGAUGGCGGCGGGAGCAGCGGAAACAGUAGCUGGGAUGAGUUGGGGAGGAUCAUGGAGAUCUCCACGAAUUCUCCUAAUUACAUGUAA